AUGAUUGUGACGGAAUUGCAGGGCUGGGCGAGGAGCCUGUCCGAGGAGGGCAUCUCCAUUCGGUGGGUCGUUGGGCCCGGAGGCACGGACGUGCUGGCGCAGGAAGGAAUUCCUCCCGACCUCGUCACGGAAGUCGACGUAACAGAUGCGUACGCGGCGCUGCCACUUAAGACGCUGUCCUGGCUCGAGGUCGCCAGCAGGGAACACCCCGCGCAAUACUUCCUGAAGGUCGACGACGACGUGUUCGUCCGGUUCGACCGACUCCCGGCCGCGGCGCGGCAGUGGACGAUCAACAGCUCGGACUACGUCGGGUGCAUGAAGCAGGGGCCCGUCGUGACGGACCCACUCCUACGGUGGCGGGAGCCCCAGGCCGCGCUCCUCGGGCCGACGUACUUCACGCACGCGUGGGGACCCGCAUACGCGCUUUCGGCGAAGACAGUUUCGACGCUCACCAGCCUGCCAAAGGUUGCUUUGCGGUAUCUGGCGAACGAGGACACGAGCGUGGGCCUGUGGGUGCUCGCGACGGGCGGGGGCGCGGUGUACGACGACGACCGCAGGCUGUGCGAGACGGCGUGCUCGCCGACCGCGCUGGCGGUGUACGACUACCCCAAGUGCGCAGGUCUCUGUCGGCCCGCAGAGGCCCUUGCGCAUCUGCUAGCGUCGCCGGAGUGCUCGCCGGACACGGGCAUCGAGCCGCACCGUCUGCCACCGCUGUUUCACUUGCCGCACGCAGCAGGUCUGGUCGGCACUGGCUGGGGACCCGGAUGA